AUAAAUAGAGUCUUCAAGAUCCACUCAGGCACAACGAUCUAGGUCUCAGAAGCCUCAGCAGGAGUUCUGGACCAACUAUCGCAGAGGAACCAUGAAGUUUCUGGCAGCUAUCUGUCUGCUCGCCACAAGCGCGAGCGCACAGGUUGGGUAUUCAGGGAUCGUUAGUCCUGAUGGAAACAACGUCCAGUUCACACACGACUUUGCCCACGGCAUUGUGCUUAUUGGACCUUCUGGCAUCGUGACAAAGGAUGGUAAUAACCUCCAGCUGACUGGAGGCCAGGCUGCCCUCCAUGCUGCCUCUCCACCAGCACCUCAGCCCGUGUCUCAGCUUGUCCUGACCCGCAGCGUCGUUGGUCCCUCAGGAAUCGUGAGUCCUGCCGGAAAUGUUCAGUUCACUCAAGAGAUGGUUGACGACAACGUGCUGGUUGGUCCCUCCGGCAUUGUGACCAAGAGUGGCAAAAACAUCCAGUUCAACGACCAAGGGCUUCCUCGCACCAAGCGUAGUGCCGGCUACGUCUUGCCCAAGGGCAACAUUGGUUAUUCUGGCAUCGUUAGAACUGACGGCACCUUUGAACAAUUCAGCCACGACUUCGCCCACAAUAUCUUGCUUCUGGGACCUUCUGGCAUCGUGACCAAGGACGGUAAGAACAUUCAGCUGACCUCCAAUCUCCAUAGAGUCAAGCGUUCCCUGGUUGGUCCCUCUGGCAUGAUCCUUGAUGACGGCACUCCAGUGCAAUUCAAGACUCCCUUCACCACUAUCUUGCUGGAUGGUCCCUCUGGACUGGUGUUCAGCGAUGGUACUCUGGUGCAGAAGCGUCCCAAGCGCAGUCUCGUUGGUCCCUCUGGCAUGAUCACCGCUGACGGCACCCCUAUCCAGUUCCCUGCCCACGCUGAGGCCGUUGUCACUGGCCCAUCCGGCAUCGUCUUCUCCAACGGACAGAACGUUCAGUUUUCUUAGGCAAACCACCGCAUAUGUAACAGGACUCUAGUCUAUAUUUUUCAUGUGGCCAACAUUUCUGCAUUUCUGACAGACUCUAUGUAUUCAUCACGAUGUACAGAUUAAAGAUUUUUUAAAGAUACGAAUAAAGAUAACUGAAACGGC